UUAAAGUCACUUUAACUGAAGUCUCUUGCUGCCUUUGAAAUCUUUGGAGAGAGCCCACCAUCAAGCAUUCUUAGUAUGGGAGCACCUGCUGGUUCUAUCAUAAUGAAAUGGCUGGUGUGGGUGCUCCUGCUGUGCUCCUCUGUGAUGGCACAACAGCACAGAGAUUCCACUCUGGAUCAUCACUGGGAUCUCUGGAAGAAAACCUAUGGGAAACAAUACAAGGAACAGAAUGAGGAAGUAGCACGGCGUCUCAUCUGGGAAAAGAAUCUAAAAACUGUGAUGCUUCACAAUCUAGAGCAUUCAAUGGGAAUGCAUUCAUAUGAUCUAGGCAUGAACCACCUGGGAGACAUGACCAGUGAAGAAGUGAUAUCUUUGAUGAGUUCCCUGAGAGUUCCCAGCCAAUGGCAGAGAAAUGUCACUUUCAAGUCAAACCCUAAUCAGAAAUUGCCUGAUUCUCUGGACUGGAGAGAGAAGGGGUGUGUUACUGAAGUGAAAUACCAGGGCGCUUGUGGUGCUUGUUGGGCUUUCAGUGCUGUGGGAGCCCUGGAAGCACAAGUGAAGCUGAAAACAGGAAAGCUGGUGUCCCUGAGUGCACAGAACCUGGUGGAUUGCUCAACUGAAAAAUAUGGGAAUAAAGGCUGCAAUGGUGGCUUCAUGACAGAGGCUUUCCAAUAUAUCAUUGAUAACAAUGGCAUCGAUUCAGAAGCUUCCUAUCCCUACAAAGCCAUGGAUGAAAAGUGCCAGUAUAAUGCAAAAAAUCGAGCUGCCACAUGUUCAAGGUAUAUUGAACUUCCCUUUGGCAGUGAAGAUGCCUUAAAAGAAGCUGUGGCCAACAAAGGACCUGUGUCUGUUGCUGUAGAUGCACGCCAUUCUUCUUUCUUCCUCUACAGAAGUGGUGUCUACUAUGACCCCUUGUGUACUCAGACUGUGAAUCAUGGUGUACUGGUGAUUGGAUAUGGUAACCUUAAUGGGAAAGACUACUGGCUUGUGAAAAACAGCUGGGGCCUCAACUUUGGUGACCAAGGAUAUAUACGGAUGGCAAGAAAUAGUGGAAAUCACUGUGGGAUUGCUAGUUUUCCCUCUUACCCGGAAAUCUAGAGGACCUCUUUGUUUUAUAACAAUUCGAGAAAGAAGAAACACUUUCUCACAAUUUAAUUUUACCUGCUGUAACCAGUAGAAAUGUGUGUCAUGAUCAAUGUAUAUUUACUGUACUAACAGAAAAUAUAGUUUGAUUCAUCUACUUUUUUAACUUUGCAGAUCUUGGGGAAAAGUUUGCUAAGUAAAUUAAUAAUGUACUAUAGAUAUAACUGUAUGAAAAUUGGUCAACCUGAGAUAAUCUGUCAUGUUUUUCAUUGUCUUAUUUUAUUUGUCCUUUUAAGUCCCCUGAUAUCCUGCUGAACCUCGAUGGCAUAUAGAUGCUUAAUAAAUAACUGCCUUUUCAACUUUGUAUCAUUACCAUGAGGCAGGAGACAGAUGGGCCCCCAGGGCAUGGGAAUAACAGGACAAUUGAGAGAGGAGUCUGGGCCCUGCCCACAUAGAAGAUAAGAGACCACAUAUUUCUCAUUCCUGAAGUCAGGAGAACCCCCCCCCCACUACACAUGCGCAGAAAGGCUCCUUGGAGGUCAAAAGGAGAGUGAUGCCAAGUGGCCAAAUCUACCCAUAGGCCUCUUCGGUAGAAUCCAUCUUGGCUAAGAGAUGUGCAUGCACACAUGGGAAAAUCCUGAGCUAUACCAAAUUCAGACUUUGAAUCAGGCAAAUCAAAAUGAUUGGCCUAAGGAAACCUGGAAAAAAUGCCCCAUAUAAGUGAUUUAAACUGCCACCAGGGCACGACUCUUUCUGAGCCCGCUCGUGUGUCUAUCCACACGUACUGCACUUUUUUCUGCAAAUAAAUACUUGUUUCACUACUUUC